ACGAGGCUGUCUUGUUUUGAUUUGAAGAGACUCCAUAUUUGUGGCGGAUGGUUAACGUAGAUAUCGUUAAAUCGAGAUCCAUCGAGCCCAAAAGGAGUGUCUUAUAAGUCAUUUUAUCGUAUACCGAGGAAGUUUAUACAUUUUUCAAUCCUAACAUCCACAUAAGUGGCUUACUGUUUCCCAUAUUUUUAGUAAAUUUGACUUUCUUCGAACCGUGCCCAUCAACAAAAGAUGGCUUGCGGUGCUACUCUGAAAAGAUCUCUAGAAUUCGACCCGUUACACAGCCCAGGUCAAACCACACCAAAACGAAGAAGAUGUAUGCCCAUGACCCUGUCUCCAUCAACUCCUCCGACAAAACAACACCAACUUCAACCUUCGCCUUUUGGGGAAGUUGGACCAAAACUAAGUUCAGAGCAAAUUGCUACAAAUCUGAGUCAUGAAAUAAAGAGGAUGCAGAGAAGGAAACAGUUACAGUACCCAGGAUGCCCCAGCCCACCCAACAUGUCUCCCCCUCACGAGUCCUCCUCCCAGUCAUCGCUCCUGGACCUCCCCUCAGGGUCUUCAUCUACCUCGCUGUUCAAUGCCCUCUCCCCCAACAAAAAGGACAUUCCCAUCUUCACUUUCCGGCAGGUCAGCAUGAUCUGUGAGCGCAUGCUGAAGGAUCGGGAGGACCAAGUGCGACAGGAGUAUAACUCAGUACUCACAUGCAAACUAGCAGAACAAUAUGAAGCUUUCUUAAAGUUCAAUCACGACCAGAUUCACAGAAGGUUUGGUGAUACACCAGUAAGCUAUGUUUCUUAAAAGAGAGGAUUGGAUUGUUCCCAACUAUGUGUUCUGAUUGACUAUAACACUGUGGAAUGGAAGGAUUUAAAUUUGAUUAAGUAUUUGGACAAAAAUCUUAAAGGUUCACAAACUAUCUGAAAAACGCUUUAUGUGCUUUUUCCCAAUUUUCAUUUAAGUACAAGUCAUCAACAAAAAUACAUUACCUAAGAAAAACGAAACUAAAAAGACACUUUUGUGCUGUGUACAAGUGUAUUUGUGAAGUUUGCAAGUGAUUAUUUUUUAUGCUUCAAAUGGAAGUUAAAAGGAAACUCUGGUGCCAAUAUUUAUAUCCAAACAAUAUAUGUGACUCCUCUGCAUUUAAAUUUGAAGUGAAGAUGUGGAACUCUAUUGUUGGCUCAACUAUUCAAGUUACAUGUUAAUUCAUAAUGAAUACAUAUAUACAUUAUAUGUGAAAUAUAUUCCAAAACAUAUGUAAUAUUUAUUUGCAUGAGACAAGUUAUGUACAAAGUAUAUAUAUUAAAUUGAGUUUCAUGAUUUGAUAAAUAUAUUUAACUAAGACCAGAAAAUAAUUGUUUGUUUGGAAUUGCCUCCUGCCUCAUUGAAAUAUCCGCCUCUUUUAAAGAAAUUGACUAAAAAUAUAAAAUCUGAUUUUUGUAAAUUUUACCUUCAUUAAUUUGAUUCACGUAAUAAGCAUAAAAAUACGCAUAAAAUAUAAACAGAUACAAAGUUCUUGGGGGGGGGGGGGGGGGCUUUAUGUGAAAAUUUGUUUUCUGUGUAUUUGGACUUUUAGCAAGGGUUUCUAAAUGGGAGAAAUGUUCCACUCUGUAGAAAACAAUUCCAAACAAAUUUUUGAAGGAUUGUCUGAAAUUCUGCAUCUCACAAUAUUUUACAAAUCUGUGAGAAGAAAUAGCAUCAACAAACAUAGCCUAAUUUCGUAUUCAGUUAAAAACAUUUGAAAUGUAAAUAUAUGAAAUAUGUGAUUCUUUUUAUGGUACAUGCUUUGUCUGGUGACGAUAAUUUAUUAAUCAAAGAAAUACCUACUAGAUCAGCUGAAUCUGUGGGGGUAUUUUAUUUGGAUUUUUUUUUUUUGUUCCUUUUAUUAUUGCAUUCAUUUGCCUUCCUUCAGAGAAAGAGGUUUUCAUCCUUAGCAUGAUGUAUUGAUAUUUUAGUUCUGUGAGUUUUAACACAGGUAGUGUUUUAAGUUAUCUAAGUAGAUUAAUUUGUAAAUAAAAACUGUUGUGAAAAGCUGCUGUAAAUAAAAUUGUUGAAUAAAGUAAUAAUGAAUCAUA